AUGGCGCAUAAUUGGAAACAACCGUAUCAACCACUCUCCACUAACCACUCCAACUCCCCCGCCUCUCCUUACAGCGGUGGCGACACGCCGAUUGCCUUUCGAACCAAUGUGAACCGGGCCAAGACCAAACGAUGGGUCGAAGCGAAGCAGUACUCCUACGAUGGCAACGACUGGGGGGACGACGAUGAGGAGGAAGAAGAGGACGAUAUCCCCCCCCUACCCUCACACUCCAACAAUGUGAACCACGCCCAGUCCAGGGACCAGGCCAUCCCCGGACACGACGGUACCGGUCACGGUCAGUCACCCGGGAGACCCGGCGAUACGUCGCCCACGACCCCGAUCGUGCGUCCCGUUGAUAUCUACAAGCGGAUGCGCGAGGGGCCAGCAGGGUCGGCGGAGAGUUCAUCUGCGGAUGUGGGUCUGUCCGCGACGGGCCCCAGGUCGAGCACCAACCUCCCGCCGGGCCCGGGCGCCAGUGGUGACGAUCCCACCCGCCUUCACCCCCAGGACCCUGCCACAGGGCCGUCCCCCACCCCGCUGCAGAGUCAAACCACACCCAUCCUAGGUCUGCCCGACGUCAAACGUCUGUCGGGCUUUGGGUCAGAUUUCAUGAGCAAGCCGGCCCCCGCGCCAGCCCCCGUCCCACCCCCCGCCCCCGCCCCGAAGAAUCGCAGCAGAGCGCGCUGCACCAUAAUCCCUCGCUGGGAUUUCGCUCCGUCGUUCAUCAAGCGUUCGACCACGUCGGCGAUCAGUCCCAUCAUGCCUCCCCGCACCACGAGCGACACCCGGACCCCCACCAUCGCCGAGGAACCCGGCGAGGGCCUGUCCACACCCACGGAGCCUGUCCCGGGGUUCAAACCGGGCCAUCGUCGGGACCUGAGCGUUCCUAGCCCGGGGAACAGUCCGUCGCGGAUGCCCAUGAUCACCACCACCGACACCCCGGCCCAGCCAGCCGCCGCCGAAAUGACCCCAAGCACCCCGUUCGGCUCGCCUCUGGACCCCGCGGCGCCGCAACACCCCGCGAUUGUCGAGUCGACCUCGUCCCCGCUGGCGGAGAAAGACCGACCGGCGCCGCUCAACAUCGGUAGCGUAGCCACCAACCAGCACAACUCAACUCCGGAGGUGCCGAUCAUCGUCCCCAGCAGCAGCACCGAGACCUCGCCCCAGGACGCACGAAACGACCGGCUCCACCAGGAGAUCAUACAGUCUUUGAGCCGCGAGAACACCCCAUCCGACGACCCGCAGUCGCGGCCGCAGACCGGCCGGCCGGACAAUCAGCCAGACCAUCAGCUGGACAGCCCGCCGGACAGUCUCAUCCCCAGCGAGUAUGAGCGGUACUGGACGGAGGGCCUCCCCACCAGUCCUGAGGACUCGCGGCCGACUGACUCGGGCGCCGCACCCGUCCCGCCCGCCCCGUCUGGCGCGCCCGAAGAGUCCCGGCCGCGGCUGGCGCGGCGGUUCUCCUGGGAGUCGACGUCAUCUGGUGAGGAGGCCCCUCCGGCAGUGGACUCCCCUCCGGCGGUGGACGCCCUAUCGCCUCCCAUAGGGCCCAUGCCGGGACAGUUUCCUGCGGGCCCGGCAGACGACAGCCCGCCGCCGCCCGCUGCCGCAGCCACUCCCCCCCCUACUGAGGCGGAGGAGCAGCGUCCGCCCGUGGAGAAACCCAAGCUCACCAUCAUCCCACCUUCGGCGACGGACGCCAGCAGCAUCGGCUUUGAGCGACCGCCGGAGAUGGUUCAUCCGCCGCCGGCGGACGCGGGGCCGGUGGACGCGGAGCCGGUGGCGGACGUGCCCCCGGCGGUGUCCGCUCCGACCGAAUCCCCCUCGCUGGAGCCGAGUCUACUAGGGUUCCGGGAUAUUCUCAACAUGCCGCGGUCGGAGGAUCGGGUGCGGGCGUUCCACCAGACACGGACACAGUUCGGGUCGAUCGACACGGGGCUGAACCGGUGGAUCCAGGUGGUAGUGCAGGCGCACCCGGAGCACCAGGACGUGGUGGCACAGUCCCGGAAGCAGUCGACGGGGGAGCCCAAGGUGGUGGUGUCGCGGGGCAAGUUCCCGAAACUGCCGUCGCUGAGCGGGCCCUUCGGCGCGCACGGGGACGGCAGCCCGGGCGGGUCGGGCCACGCGCGACGGCCCUCGGGCCCAAUACUGAACAAGCAGCAGGUGGAGCAACGCGGCAAAGAGUUGCUCCACACGGCAGGGGUGUUGGGAGGACGGGCAGGGCAAACGGCCAAGGGAUUAUUUGCGCGGGGCCGCAGCAAGCUCAAGGGGAAUGGGGCGGAGCAAUAA